UUCUUCUCGUCUGUUCUAACGGCUCGUCAAAGUAAUACUAUUCAAAGCUCAGACUUUUGAGCUCCAAAAGAACCAUGGCGUCCCUACCUUACGCUGACGUGGAUUCGAGUCUCAGAGCUCUGGCGGGUCGGGCAGAGGGGUUCGGUCGGUUCGCGAUCGGAGGCCUCGACGGUCCCAUCUAUUGCGUCACCACUCUCGCAGAUGAUGGUCCAGGAUCCCUUCGUGAAGGUUGCCAUAAAAAAGAGCCACUAUGGAUAGUUUUUGAAGUUUCUGGUACUCUUCAUCUUUCUUCUUACUUGAACGUGUCGUCUUAUAAGACAAUCGAUGGCCGGGGUCAAAGGAUAAAGCUCACCGGCAAAGGCUUAAGGCUGAAGGAAUGUGAACACAUAAUCAUAUGCAACCUUGAGUUUGAAGGUGGUAGAGGACAUGAUGUUGAUGGUAUUCAAAUAAAACCAAAUUCAAAGCACAUAUGGAUAGACCGCUGCAGCCUCCGUGAUUAUGAUGAUGGACUUAUAGAUAUCACUAGACAAAGCACAGAUAUAACUAUUUCUAGAUGUUACUUUGCACAACAUGACAAGACAAUGCUUAUUGGGGCAGACCCCACUCACGUUGGUGAUAGAUGCAUUCGGGUAACAAUUCAUCAUUGUUUCUUUGAUGGGACUCGCCAAAGGCACCCUCGUGUUAGAUUUGGAAAAGUUCAUCUAUACAACAAUUACACCAGAAACUGGGGUAUAUAUGCUGUUUGUGCCAGUGUAGAAUCUCAGAUAUACUCUCAAUGCAACAUAUAUGAAGCAGGACAGAAGAAAAAGUCUUUUGAAUAUUAUACAGAGAAGGCAGCAGAUCGGGAAGAGGUAAAAUCUGGCUUAAUAAGAUCUGAAGGAGACUUGUUCCUGAAUGGGGCUCAAGCUUACUUAUCAACAGUGGCCAACGAAGAAUGUGUGUUCCACCCAAGUGAAUUCUACCUGACAUGGACAAUGGAAGCACCCUCAGAUUCUCUUAAAGAUAUUCUCCAAAUUUGUACAGGUUGGCAAUCCAUUCCCAGGCCAGUGGAGCAGAUGGUAAUUGGAUAGUUUAUUCAUUAUCCUGUGUGUAUGCAGUUUCAUGUUCCUCUUACCUCUAUAGGUUUUCUCGUCUCUCUGAAAAAUGUUGUUGAAAUUUGAAACUUAUGGUUGGCACCAUAUAUUUAAAUUAUGUCAGACUUGUUUUCUUGUAAUUAUAUUUAUAUACAAAAUGUUGUUUCAAAACUUAGUAAUUCGAAUUAAGACAGGUUUGAGCUUAGUAAA